AAGGAAAUGAACCAAGAUGCAGUUGCGAAAGCCUUGUUGGGAAUGGCGGAGGCACUGCGAACGCAAGAUCCUCCGAAGUUAAAAAUGGCAAUUAAAUGUGCAAGGAGUACGCUAAGCAUGGAAAUUUCGGAUGAAAUGAAAGCGAUUUGCAAUCUUCAGCUAGGAAAAUUAUUAUUUUUCUACACUGAUAAUUUCGAGUUGGCUAAAAAUCAUCUUCAAUGCGCUUACGAUAAAAUGUCGGCGAUGGGCACAUUUUACACGAGAGACAAGAUGAACGCCAUUUCAAUGCUUGCCGAUCUUCAUAUUCAUUACCAACAAUGGCCAUUAACCUCUAUCAAGGCAACGAUUCGUCACGAAAUUACGACGACACGUGGAUUUCCAGCUUUAUCCAACAAAUUGAUGUUUCAAUUAAUUGAAUUAAUGAAAAUCGAUAAAGACGUCGAAGGAGCCAUCGAAAUGUGUCAACUUGCAAUCAAUAGUUCCCAUGCUGAUCCAAAAAUGGAAUUAUAUUUCCGUAUUGCGAAGACUCUUGUAACUUAUCAAUUAAUGCACGAAGAACCUGACAUUUCCGAUGUAACGAGGAUUGGUUCAAUGAUUAAAGUAAUGGAGAACAGUACAACAUCUGAUAAAGCACAUUUGGAAUGUAUCAAGGAUUUCUAUGUAUGUACUAAACUCGCGUACAUGUUCUACGAAGGAAAAUCUCGAACUUCCCGGCAACUUUUACGACAAAUUCAAAAAUCACAAACAAGUGGAGAGACUAAGAUCCAUGGCAUCAGAUGGCUCGGCGAACCUUCGAUAACUUUACUGGCAUGUGUAAUGAAUCAAAUCUGUGCUCUCGUUCAAUCAAAUACGGAUCGUGUUGAGAAAUAUUAUCAUCUCGUAAUCAAACACGCCGAUGAGAUUAUAUUCAAAUCAACUCGAUCACCACAAGAACCUGGAGUUGUUCGAUGCAUUAAUAUGAUUAAAAUGACAACAUUGGAAAUGAUGGCAUGCUGUAAUGUAUUAGCAUGUAGACCACAAAAAACAUUGCAUAAUGUUCGAGAUAUGUUGGAAUGGUCAAAUCGAACAAGUGGACCACUGCUUACGCGAUAUUUUACACCACAUAUUCAUUAUAUUUUGGGUCUCCAAUGCUGCUACUUCCGACAACAUGAAAAUGCUGAAAACCACUUCCGUGCGGCAAUGAAGAAACUCCACAAAGAAGAUAUUACCGCUCAUAAUACAAUGGCUCUUCUCAAUUUGAAUCUGGCAAUAACUUAUCUCAAUCAACUGAAAAUGGCCGAUUAUUACGAAGUUUCAGAAAACUUAACUGCUCCGAAAAUUUCGUCUUGCUCCCAAAUGCUCAAGAAUAAUGUGAAGCUUCUAUCAGCAUUCUUCGCUUAUAUUACAAAUAAAUUGAAUGAAUGUAAACUUCUGAGUCACGAGGUUCUUGAUGAUUCAAAAGCAGAAGAUUUCUUUCGUUUACAUGGUCUUGGUCUUCUUCUUUUAUCACUUGUUACUGAUGUUGAUGAAAAAGGAGUUCGACCAACUGUUGAUUGGAGCAAGAAAUCACAUGAUCAUGUUGUUAUAUUAUUCAGUCAUUCACUCUACGAAAAAAUCUUAUUAGCAGCCGGAUAUGACCCUAAAUCGGAACUAAUGAAAAUGGUGGUCAGUGAACAAUUGGCUUCAAGACGGAUGUUAAGUGUUGAAAAUUUGACUCCUUUGGUAGCGAACAUGCCAGCUUCUAAAUUGCUUCAGUGGUUCGACGGAGAUCCAUUCAAGCUGCUUCCUCGCGACGAAACUGUUCUAUAAAGUUUUUGUACAAUUCCCCCCAAUCAUGAAAGUCUGUCACAUUUUGAUAGGUUUUUAUCCUAAUUUUUUCGCGUUUUUCUUUCCUAUUAUCAGUUUCGUCCCCCUUAAUCUCAAUAUGAUUCUUUAAUGAUCUCUAAUUUAUGGCCUUAUUUUUCAACUGAUGUUCGGUAAAGUUUGUUUUU